CAAACUUCAACUCUCUUCGAUCUCUCUCCCUCUCCCUCUCCAAGAAACCCAGAAAAACCCUAGAAGGCUUUCUGUCAGAAAACCAAAUCGUUAAACCCGCGCUCCAUCUCUCUCUCUCAGCGAAAGAUAUUUGCAAAAUCCAUCGUUAAUGGGUAAGCGCCGGCGAACAGAAAUCGCCAAGAUCGCCGAUCCGUCCGUGCGGCUUGUGACGUACUCGAAGAGGCGUAAGGGCCUCUUCAAGAAGGCCUCCGAGUUCUGCCAUCUCUGCGGCGCUCGUGCCGCCAUCAUUGUCUUCUUCCCGGCCGGCAAGCCCUGUUCUUUGGGCGACCCCUCCGCCGAAGAGGUGAUCUCGGAGUACAUUGGCGGGUACGGCGACGUGGUGCCGCCGAUGGGUCUGGCCGAAUUGGAGGACUGGAUUGAAAAGGAAUUGAAUUCUUGCACGGCGGAGGAGGUGACAGCGGAAGACCUGGAGUCCCUGAUCGUAAAGAAUGAGAGCGUUCGAGAACUUGCACUCAAAAGCUUGGAAGAUGUCGAGAAGAAAUCAUCUAUCAUGAUCGGUGCUGGUGGCGAUACUGGAGCUGGGCUUGGUUGUAAUUCUGAAAAUUUGAGCGAUCAAGAGAUAAAUUUGGUUUUUGAGAGUUUUAAAGCUGGUUGCCCGGCACUCUUUGAGGAUUGCCUGUGCGACGGUGAUGGGGACGCUUUCUUGACGCCGCCGGAGAAGUCCGUCGCCGGCAGUGGAAGUUGGGCAGUGGACUCCAUCCGCACGUCCUACCAUCUCGAGGAGAGUGGGUUUAAUCCGGACAACUUUCUUGAUCUGUCUGGUGACUGCGUUGGCUUCGGUGACGGUGACAAAUUCUUGACUUUGCCGGGAAACUCGGCCACCGGCGUUGGAAGCUUGGGAGAGGAGUCGAUGUUCUGCGACCUUGAGGGAUGUGGAUUUAAUCCUGACGACUUCCUUAGUCUCUUCGACUUGGAGGACUGCAUCGGUGAUGGUGACCGUGACAGUUUCUUGACUUUGCUGGAGAACUCGGCCAUCGGCAGUGGAGGCUCGGGAGAGGACUCAGCACCCUGCGACCUUGAGGGCUAUCUAUAUGACCCCGAUCACUUCCUUACACUUGAAGACCUGGAUGUUCCUCUGUGAUUUAAAUGUGAAUAUAUGUGGUUUUUCUUGUUAAACUCCAUUCAUUGUACAGGAAUUAAUUUCUCCUUUUCCAGUUCACUGGUUUAAUGGCAGUGGCUCACUCUAUUUCUUUCUUUUUCA